AUGGUGGCCUCCAAGAAGACCAUCCAAGAAUCGUUCCACGGUGCGUCCACAAGGCGCGCCUACACAACCUAUCAGAAGCAGUUCGAGGCAUUCCUCCGGCUGAACAAGGACGGUCUUGACCCCCGAGAGGCGGGAACAGAGGAAUGCACCGACUUCUUCCACCACAUGUACACUCAAGGCCGUAAAGCUCGGACCAUUGACCUUGCCAAGUCCGCCCUGGUCGCGUACUUCUCAGCGUGUGGUGUGGUGCCAAACCCAGCCCAGGACUCAACAACCCGACGCUAUAUUGUUGGGUUACAGAAGUACAACAAACAAAACAACCUCGACGAAGAGAAGAAGGCAUAUCCAAUCACCGUGCACGAACUGUCGACUCUGAUGAACUCGUUGGCGCAUCUCCACCCGUUCCUGGGCGCAAUGCUGCGGCUGCUGUUGGCAGUGGGCUUUAUUGGCUGCUUUCGCACAAGUGAGGUGUUGGCCCUACGUUGGAACGACGUCGAAAUUGUUGGAGACGACAGGGGUCGUUACCUGUCCGUACGUCUCCGUUGGCACAAGAAGGCCAAUGUCGAAGAGGAUUGUCAAGUGUAUCAUCUUGUUGAUGAGACCACGUUUCCAUGCUUGCGCGUGUGCGGCUUCUACGACGAGUACCUCUCGAAGGUCAGAGCUGCCGGAGUCAACAUCAACAGCAGUACCUUUGUGUUUCCCAACUUUGUCUCGCCACAGUCGGGUGUACCAAAAGUUGAGUGGAGCCGCGGUCUCGAUCAAGCCAGCUUGCGGCGAAUCCUAGUCGACGUUGUCGAGCGCACUCCAAACCUUCCUAUCGGCAUAACCCUACACAGCCUCCGGCGUGGUGGUGCGUUCUUUCGUGUGUUUGAGUCUGUGGAACGGCGCUUCAACUUUCGCGAGUUGAUGGCCUGGUGUCGAUGGGCGGACUCUAAGACAUGCUGUGAGUACCUGAUCACACAGAGCAUCAGCAACGAGAUCAACCCACGCAAUUUGCUGCGCACUGGCAGCGAAACUGGCAACAUUCAAUGGCCGGGCGGCAAUGGUGGUGUGGCGGGUGGCAUGGGGUUCUCCGUCGAGGCUCUUGGCCAAGCAGUGGCCAAGAACUUGCAAGGGCAGGCAGCUGGUGUCGGCGCCAUGUCGGCUGUGCCUAUGCGACAGAGUACAAUGGAUCAGUUUGUGUCCCAGAAGUCCGUACCUACUGCUCGAUCGGCUCUGGACGCUUGGCAGCAGUGGUUUGUCGCUGACCCUAGCAUUGGCUUGGUUUGUGCUCUCAAGGACUACACGAAGGAGAUGAUACCAAGUACCAGACCUUUCAGCAGUUCGAAGCUUCGUAUCUAG